GGGCGGUGCAGCUGAGGCUCCUGGCGAGGGAAUAGGGUUCCCAAGCUGCCGGGGGAGGAGAGGAGGCGUCUGCCGAGGUCUUGGGGUUUCUCUGGCAACCUCUGGGCGGGUUGGCUCCUCCCAGCCUCCAGCACCUGGUGGCAGAGGUGGCGGCUCCAGCUCGGGCGCUGGUGCUCCGGGCUGCUAUCUCAGGCCAUGGCCUCUGCCCAAUGCCCUCUCUCCAACAGGGAGCCCAGGAGCCAUCCAGAGGCCUCGAGGGGUGACGUCCUCGGGGGAGCAGGGCAGCCGGGCCAGCCCUGGACCCCAGGCUGGGUGGACAAGGCAGAGUUGGACAGUGCUGCCACGGGGACCUGGCCGCAGAGAACCAAGGUGUCCCCUGCUUUCCUUGGGGGGUGCUCAGGAGGGAAGAAGCGCUUCGGGGAUCCCUCUGACCCCCCACUUCCUAUGCCCAAGGGAAGACGGGCUCUGUCCGUCCGUGGCUGAGGACUGUGCCGUGGCCAUGGCCCAGCAGCCAGGUGGCCUGGGAGCACCUGCCCUCCUGGCCUGGUCCAGUAACAGGGAUGCUGUGGAGCCUGCGCUGCGGGGCAGGGCUUGCAGCCUGCCCGUGUGGUCCACUGACCAGGAGGCCAGGGGAGGGGGCAGCUCAGUGUCCUCUGGCCGUCUGUCUGGCUCCUCAGGAGGCCAUGUGUCUCGCGCCCCUCCCCACGGGCCCUGGAAGGAGCGGCUGCCCCGGGGGCUGGGGUCCCAGCGGCCGCCCAGAAAGAGUGACCCCAGGCUGGAGCGGCUGCGGGACCGGAUCUGCCAGCAGGCGCGGGGACAGGUGAGCUGCGCCUCCCUGGGCACCUCGGCCCCCUCCAGCGCCUCGCGCCUCUGCUCUGCCUCCACGCCAGCGCCCCGGAGGAGGACCUACAAGGUGACAGCCGCCCUUCCAGGCCCCGCACACUCAGGACUCAGCAUCCUCCGUGUGGCGGAGCCCCGAGAGGAAGACCAGGCGCCCCUAGGCGUGGGGCAGGAGCUCUCUCGGGCCACCCGGCACCAGGCUCCGGGUCUCCGGGACAAAGCCAGGAGGACUUGGGCCCGCUCCUGCAGAAGGGACAGGGCCCCCAGGUCACUCUCGCCCGGCAGAGCUGGCAAGGGCAAAGAUCCCGAGUCUGUCGGUAUUCGCGCCUGGAGGAGAGGACAAGAGCUGGCGCGGCUGCUGCUGGGGCCGUCUCCUGCCCGGCCCGCACGCCCAAGCACCAGCCCCUCAAGGGACCUGGGCCCUGCCAUGGCAUUAGGAGACAUCAAGAGGGCUUCGGCCACUGAGGGCUCAUCAGUCCACACCUGGCCAGACAGGCUCGCCUCGGCCGGCAGUGACCCUCAGGUGUCUGAGAACACAGCCAGCCUGGCUUGCCAUGGCCAGCGGGCAAUGAUCCACACCGCCAUGGCCAUCCUACAAGACCUCCGCCAGCAAAUCCAGGCUGGGCUGGAGCUGGCUCAGGGCCCUAGGCUUGAGCCGAAGCGCAGAGCGUCCAAGCUGAAGCCGCAGAACCUAGGCCAGCAGGGUCGCUGGAGCAUCCAGCUCAGGCAGGGCUCCUGCCCGAAGAGUCCCUGCGACGUGGUAGAGGGGACGCACUCCGCCCUAGACAGGGCCAGGCGCGCCCACCCCCAGCAGCCCUCGAGCACCUCGGCCAAGUGGGAGCCCUGUCCCUCGAGGGCCUGGGAAGCCGCAGGAUGGGACCCCUGCUUCCAGAGACCUCCGAGCCCCUCUGAGAAGCUGAGCCCCUGUGCUCAGGGGCCCUGGAGUGCCUUGCCCUGGCUGGCCUGUCCUCAGUGGGCCUGGGUGCAUAAUGAAGACUGGGAGGUCCCUGACCCCAGACCAUGGAGCCCUCUGGAACGACCAUAUCUUGCCCCUCAGCGCUCCUGGAGUGGCUCCUACUCAAAGAGAGCUAGGUCCCCCUGCAAGGGCAGAGGCGCCACCACCCCUCCCUCCAAAGCCAAGCAGGCCUGGCCGUGGAGCUUACAAGGGAAGGAGCUGGGUGCAGAGCCGUUCCCACCCCACCUGCAGCCCCGGGGGGCCCUGGGCCAGUCACACAGCUCGGAGGCCCUGUGCAACUUCCUGCACCAGAAGGCACAGGCGUGGAGGCAGCAGUCCCUGCAGCAGACGGUCACAAACACAGAUGCACUGGAACGGAGAAGCCAGAAGCUUCAAGAGGUCUACCGGAAGCAGCGGGAGGCCGUGCAGGGCAAGGCAGUCUCUGUGGUCUCCCAGACGAACCCCGGCAUCGUCACCUUCGUGUCCAGUUCUGCACAGUCUGGGGACCUGAAAGCCCCUGGGAGCCUGGAGCCCCCGGAACAGGAGUGGAGCAAAGUGACUUCGGGCAUGGUGCUGGGGAACCAGGAGGUACCAGGCAGCUUCUGUCUGUGUCUGAACAGAGCAUGGAACCGCCUGGAGACGCCCCUGCCUGUGUCUGCCACCUCCUCACUGGGCUCCGUAUGGCUCCAGGACCCAGGCCGGGGGCUGCACGUCUGCUUGGACCCGCAGAUGGCUGAGCAGCUGGACCUGUCGGGCCCACUGCACACACAGCACAAGCAGGCCCGGCUGCAGGCGCUGGAGACAAUGGCCAACGUCCUGCAGCAGCGCAUCGACAUCCUGACUGCCAAGCUGCACCGGAAUGAGGCGCCAGACAGCAGCCAGGACGCAGCUUCCGAGCUGAAGUCCCUGGGGCCCAGCACCACGCCCACUGCCCCGGCCUACCCUGGGGCUUCGCUGCCCAGGGGGGACAGAGGGUCACGCGGUGAUGACUUCCUGGAUGCGGAGCCACUUCUGUGGAGCCCAGGUGCCACGCAGGAGGGACGUUGGCAGCUGGAGCACAGGCUGCAGGGACACUCAUCUCCCUUCCAGGCCGCUGGCGCCAGCAUGGGGAGCAUGCUGGGGGUGCCUGCCGCUCCACACCCCACCUGUGGCUCCCCGUGGCUGGAGGAGAGGCCGGCGGCCAGAGGGGUGGGCUUGGUGACGCCCUGGACCCCCCGGAGCUGCGGUCCCCAGGAGCCUGGGGCGCCACGUCCCAGAGGCCGAGGUGGGCACCUCGCCGACUUCCAGCUGAAGUCCUUGAGAUUCCUCGAAUCACUGAAGCAGGACCCAGGACUUGGGCUGUCACCACAGCUGGAGCAGCGGCAGCAGCAGCAGGAGCAGGCCCUGGCCCUCCUGCGGCAGCGGGCAGAGGAGGAGGUCUGGGAGACACAGAUGGCCCUGGACGGGCUGCUCUUCAAGCACCAGCUGGAGGGGCUGCUGCAGGACACACAACUGCAGUACAUCUGGUCAGGUGUUCCCAGGAUGGUAGCAGAGCCUGGGGAGCCAUGUGUGCAUGUGCACGUGUGUUCACACAUGUACAUGCAUCGGCUGUUGGAGAAACACAGGCCCCGCAGCUGGCUGGGAAGGGCUUCCAAGCUGGAGCAGCCACAGAUCCAUGUGGGCCCAGCGCCCACAGCAUCGGCCCAGAGCCCCGAGCCAGCCAAAACCAGGUCACCCCCAGCCCUGGGCAGAGACGUGACCGGGUCCUCCCAGGGUCCUGAGGAGGGGCAGGCCAGUGUGGAGGGCAAGUCGGCAUCUGCAGACACCCGCAGCCAGACGGCCGCUUCCGCCGGGAAUCGGGGCUCUUCGGUCACCGCUCCCGACAGCGCAGGACCCACAUCGCCCCCUCUGGCCCCAGUGUCCUUUCGGUGGAAGCCAGGCAGCAAGGCUGUUGUCCCAGGGCUGGCCACACCCGACCCAGGCUCCGCCCGGCUGCGCCCCGCCAGACUCUGCCCUCCGGACAGCCCUGCCCACCAGGGGAGCGCGGCGGGGACCGGGAGUGCUGAGCCCGGAGCCGGCAGGGUCGGUGUCCGGCCGUGUACCGCGGCGUUGGAGCAGAGCUUGCGGGAGGAGGGGCUGCGCGCUCAGCAUUGGGCCCCGCUGCUGCGCCUGCGCGAGAUGGCGCUGGAGGAGAAGGCGCGCGCCGAGCGGGCCUGGCUGGAGCACCAGCGAGGGCCUCUGGACAAGACCUUGGCCUUCAUUCCCCCAGGUGUCUGGGGCGUGGGAGCCACCAAGCCACAAGGGCUGCCUUGUUGGAGAGGACGCAGGCCCUCAGCAGGCUGGAGAAGGAGUGGGCCUCGCAUGGGUCCUUGGCCGGUGCAGAGGGAGAUCCGGGACCUGCGGGACCUGCACAGGUCAGUGCUCCAGGGCAGGCAGCAGCUGCUGCAGCAGCAGGAGGCCACAGUGCAGAGGCUGGCGACAUUGCAGCAGAGUCCCAGCCCCCAAGUCAAGCCCACCUGGCAAGGAGCCUCUGAGACAGGCCAGCAGCUGGAAGGAGCCCUGUGCCCCCAGACUGCAUGGAGGCCUGGCAGCCCCGCCAGCCCACAAGCCCACAGAGGCCCUGAGAGUGCAGAGGGCGCACGCCUUGCCCCUGAACCGUGGGAGGAGACACCCCAGACACCUGCAGAUGCCGCCGGCCACCAGCAGCCACCGAGUCCGGCCUCAGGAGGGGACACAGCCGAGGCCAGCAGCCUCCCGAAGGCGGGAGGCAGCCACAUAGACCAAGAGCCUUGUGACCCUCAGCUGGGCCAUCUGCACUCAGGCUCGCUGGACCCUGGACAGCUGUUGGAUUCCACCUAUCCUGCCCUCGAGGCAAAGAGGGACAGCCCCAUAGCUCAGCUUGGGGUGCAGGAGGCACCGGAGCCGCCCACAGGGGACUCUCAGACCCAGGCCAGAGCCUGCUGGGCCAAGAAGAGACCCACGGCUCCGAGGGAUGUCAGAGCGCACAGCUUCCAGGGACAUCGCCUAUACCACCUGGGGGCAGAUGGUCCUCGCUGUCCCCAGGAAGCAAGUAUGGCUGAAGGAAGCACACACCAAGCUGGACUAGAUGUUGCUGGGAGCCCCGUGGGGGAGCCCCUGGAAGUGGCGAGCAGGCUGCCCAGGGAGCUGAGGACCGAGACCUGUUGGCAGGACAGCAGCAUCCCACUGGCCGCCUCCCCAGCUCUCCCUGUCUCAGCAGCUCCUGCGGCCCUGGAGGAGGAGGCGGCAUCCCCCACCCCGCCCAGGCCUGCUACCCCUGUGCACCCGGGCUCCGAGCCUGCAGCUGGGCUUUCCUGGGCGUCUCCGCGGUCCCCGGCGUCAUCCCCUCUGUCCUCAGCAGGCUCUGGGAGUGGCCUGGCCUGCUCCUCCCUCCAGGAGUUUCAGAAAGCCACAGCCACCCUGGUGCAGCUUUCUGACCGCUCGCUCUCCCCGUCCGGCCCAGAGGCCGAGGGCAGCCCAGGCACAGACCCCAGCUGGUCUGAAGAGCUGUCUGUGCCCGGGGACUUGGGCCCACCCUCGUCUUGGGGGCUCUGCCAGGGUGACCCUCAGUGGGGUGCUGUGCCGGGGGGUGCUGGGCUGACGACCUGGCCGGGGCUGGAGUGUGGCCAGGCUGCCCCCCCGCCUGGUGCUCCUAGGGAGGUGGCUGCGGCAGAAGACUUGGUCCCAGGGCGGAGCUGUCUGCAGACAGGCUGGCCACUGCCACCUCAAGAUGUCUGUUCUCCAAGGUCCGGGUCGGAGCUGUCAGAGGCCUCCAGCCAAGUUUGGGAUGAGGACAUUGAGGAGAACCUACUAGAACCCGGCCUGGUGGCCCAGCCCACCUCUGGGUGCUCCUCGCCUCCUGGCUCUUCCAGCUGGGAACACAGCAUGGUUGGGCCUGCCCUGGGCUCGGGGCAGGGACAGGAACCUUCUGAAACCAGCGAGAGCCUGAGUGGGGGGUCAAACACAGGGAGCCCUGAGCAGUUGUCCUCCGAGGCAGCCUCCACCAGUGACCUAGACCUGUCACUCUCAUUUCCUUCAGGGACUUCUGCAUCCAGAGGGGCUCGCUGCCAGGAGAGGGCCCGGGGGGCUGGCCCGAGCCUGUCCCCUGGAAGGAACCCCCCACAGGCCUCUCCAGGGCCUGAGGUCCCCUAUGGGCUGGCAUCCCUUGUAGCCGAGGGCCAGGCAGCUGGGUGUGCAGGGAAUGAGGCCCCCCAAGUCCCAGAGCAAGCUGGCCCCCCGCCCGGCACUGGUUUCCCAGCUGGGGCAUCGUCCCCUGUGGAUGAGGAGUGGCGGUGUGGCGGUGGGGACCUCCCGUGUGCCCCCUCCUGGGAUGCCCACCUCCCCCCACCGCCUUCCCCUCCCCCUGCAGACAGUCAUGGGGAUGAGGCCCAGCCCUGCUGCGAAGACUUCCCUUCCCCGCCCCAAGAGGCCAUGGUUCCCCAAGGCUCCCUGGGCCCCCUGGAGGAGGACAUCUCCAUUGCCACCCAGGACUUGUCCUUGUCCGAGGGGGCCCCAAAGCAGGCUCUGUCUCAGGGUUCCCAGGAGUUGGGACUUGAUCUGAGGGCAUCCUGGCUGUGCAGGGGCCCUGAGUGUGAACUGGGGGGGUUAGGAUCUGCAGUGGGGACUCAGGCCUCCAGUGGCCAGUGGUCUGAACAGAUCACCUGGCCAGAGUCGCCCUUGGGUGGAGGGGGAGGCAGUGUCCCUGGGGGGCUCCCAAGAGCACCAACAUGGCCCUCAUUCCCAUCCCGAGGGGGCUGUGUUGCCGGGGAGGGUCUGUCUGGGCUGUUGGUGGCUGGUGACCCCGAUGUGCUGAGUGUGGGACCCUGCGCUCUCAAGAAGGCCUUGGGCAGGUGCAUGGGACCCCAGGAUGGGCUGCAGUGCUUUGAGAGUACAGGGCGCCUGGGAGGCUCCAGCAGCUCCUCCGCCCCUCCCCAAGACCCGGUGCCCUUGGUGGCCCAUGGUCAGGCGGGGUCCCUGGGGCACACUGGUGAGGAGGGUGUGGAAGGCCUGAGCCACUGGGCAGAGGACUCAAUGGGCAGAGAGCUGCUCCCAGGGGAACACUCAGCCACUGGCCACCAGCCCCCGGGAUCCUGCUCUAAUUUCCUGGGCACAGAGAGGGACGACGCAGUGGCCGUGGUGUCCACCCAGCUCACCCAGAGGAUCCUGUUGGACUCCAUGGCUGUGUUGGCCCCUGGGGGCAGCCUCUAAACACUGCGAUGUCACUCUGUGACCGUGUGUGAGUGUGUGUGAGUGUAUAUGUGUGUGCGUGUGUGUGCGCAUACACACAAGAGCCUCUGGAAGCUAGCCGUUUCCUCCUGGGGUAGACGGGUCAGGCUGGCUGGCCAUCCACGGCCAGCUGUGCAGGAAGUCAUCUGACAGGGCGUCCGCUAUCUGCGAUUCUCUGCUUGUGGGCUGCAUGGCUUCCGGGUUCUCAAGGCCCCUGGCCCAAGUCAGAGAGCAGCGUGGCAGAGGCUGCGUGGGCAGCACAGAGGCUGCUGCUCAGGGCAGGCCGAGGAGCACUGCCCCAGUGGGCCUAGAGGACAGAGGGAGCAGACAAGACAGGGUAGGGCGAGGGCAGGAAGAGCCGGGGAGUGUGGAGCUGGCCAGGGCUGAGAGGAGACAGGACUUGCAGGGUGGCAGCUCAGGGCCUGCAGGUCACUUCAGCCCGGACCAGCAGAGCCUGGGGCCCUGGGCUUGUCCCCUCGGAUGGGGUCACUUCCAGCGUUGUGGGUGCCUCUGUCUCCGGUGGGCUCUCUGGGUCUCCCGGGCCCCCCUCCCUUUUCUCAGGGUCCCUGCAAGGCCACCCUGCCUCGUUCAUGUCCCAGUGAGCUCCGUACUGGGGGACCCUGAGUGGUUCUUUGGGGAGGGGGAACAUGGCUCUGUCCUGUGUCUCCUCUUUGCAGAGGUGCCCCCUUUCUCAGGACAGGUGUCCCGGGGAAGGCUGGGCUGUGGGCUCCAGCACCCAGCACCGCCUGUGUGGGGAGAAGCCAUGGGGCCGCCCCAGAGCCGCAGACCUACAGGGUCCCUGAGCGUCCCCGAUUCCACAAGCCUCUGAUAGUGCUCAGGUGUAUCUGGGAGGAGGGGGUGGGCCAGCCACAUCCCUGGGCUUCCUGGAGCGGACAGGUCCUGCAGAAUGGCCACCUGUGCUGGCUGUGCAGGAAGUCACCUUUGUGACCGUCCCCCAGGAAGUCCACCCACUUCGCUGAAGCCCAGCACGGAGCAGCGCCACAGCCACUAGUGCCAGGCUUGGAUCACCCAGGACCUCCCCAUCCACCCUUGCCCCGAGGCUAGGUGGUAGUGGGGAGUGGGUGGCAUGGGGCAUCUUAAAAUCUCAUGUGAGAGCACAUUUGGGCCUCACUUGAAGCUGCCGCAGACCUGUCCGGGGACCCAGCCUGGCAGGACAGCAGUGUCUGGGGCAGGCUGGCUGUGGGCGGGUGUCUGUGUGCUUGCUGCUUCUGUCCUGAACCUGUACCUGCCCUGCCCGCAGGGAAGCGGCUUCACACCAGCCCAGCGGCGGGUGCUCUCACC